ACUCUCAGAAUUCCGACUUACUUUCACUCUAAACUCUAAAGAAUCCCCCCACAGAAAAAAGAAGAAGAAACAAACCCUAGAAAUCCAACAUCUUCCCUCCAAAAAAUCACAAACCCAACACACAGAUUUCUCAGAAAGGGGGUGUUAGUAUGGAGAAAUCUGAAGAGGUGAUAUCAUCUAAAGAGGAAGAAAUAAAGAAUCUGCAGGAAAAAGUGAGUGAAUUAAAAACAAAGCUUUUAGUUGCAACAAAACCCUUAACGGAUGAUUAUAUUAAAGGUUUAGAAGUGUUCGCAAUGAAAAUGAGGCAUUUUUGGAAGGAAACAUUAGAUGAAAUAAGGACAACACUGAAAGCAAAGCAACAUGAACUUGUGCUGCUAGAAAAUGUUUCUCCUAAAGCAAAAUUGGACUAUUGUGUUGAAUUACUUGCAGUACGAGUAAGUGAAACAGUAAUUAGUGAUGCUUGUAAUGGUUAUAAGGAAUUUGUGAGUGAUGAAAUAAAUGAGCUGAGUGUAAAAUUGGUACAGAAGCAACUUGAUUAUGAUUGCUUGGUAAGUGAUAUUGAAAUUCUUUCCAAAGAGAGAAAGAAAUUCAGGGAGUCAGCGGAAAAAGAAAACGAAGAAUUGUUUAAAUUUUUCAAGGAGAAGAAAGAUGAAAUUAAGAGGCUUGAAGAAGAAAGAGAGAAAUUCAUGGAGUUUGCAAAUACAGAAAAUGAAGAAAUAUUUAAGUUUUUCAAUGAAAAGAAAGCUGAAGUUAUGAAGCUUGAAAGUUUAUGUCAAUUUCUUAGCACAAAAGCUAAGGAUCUUGCGCAGGAACAUGUGGAAAAACUAUCUAAAGCAGAUGAAGAGAAGGAACAUAAGCUGAAGAAACUAGAAACUGAUUUGGAGUCGCUUAGCAAAGAGAAGGCUACCUUAGCUGGGGAAGUUGAUUCACUCAAUAACGAGAAGGUUAUACUGGUAAGUGAUGUUGAAAAACUCAACAAAGAAAAGGCUAUGUUAGCAAGAGAUAUCGAAUUUCACAACAAAGAGAAGGGUAUCUUGGCAACAGAUGUUGAAUUGCUCCAUGGGGAAAUGGCUAUCUUGGUAAGUGAUAUCGGAAUGCUCAAAGAAGAGAGAAUUGUCAUAGCAACUGCUGUUGAAUCGCUCAAGAGAGAGAAUGCCAACUUAACAAGCGAUAUCCAGCUGCACAAGAAAGAGAAAGGUUCCUUGGCAAGUGAUAUAGAAUUACACAAGAAAGAUAAAGGUGAUUUGGAAAGUAAUGUCGCAUGUCUCAAGAAAGAGAAGGACAUCUUAGCUACUGCUUCUGAGUCGCUUAAGAAAGAGAACUCUAUCUUAUCAAGCCAUACCGAAUUACACAAGAAAGAAAAAGGUAUCUUGGCGAGCGAAGUUGGAUGUCUCAACAAAGAGAAGGGUCUCUUGGCUAGUGAUGUCGAAGUGCUCAAACAAGAGGAGAUCGUCUUAGAAAAUGCAGCUGAAUUACUAAAGAAAGAGAAGGGUCUCUUGGUAAGUGAUGUUAGAUUGCUCAAAGAAGAGAAGAUCGUCUUAGCAGGUGCUGCUGAAUUGCUUAAGAAAGAGAAGGCCAUCUUAGCAAGAGAUAUCAAGUUACACAAGAAAGAGAAAGGUAUCUUGGCAAGUGAUAUUGAAAUCCUCAACAAGGACGAGUCUAUCUUGGUAAGCAAUGCCGAAGUUCUCAAAAAAGAAAAUUCCAUCUUGUCAACUGAUGUUGAAGUACUCAGGAAGGAGAAGGUUAUCUUGUCAAAUGAUGCGGAAAUACUCACCAGAGAGAAGGAAAAACUGCAAGGCGAUAUUGAAUUUCUUAAUGAAGAGAAAAAUGAGUUUGUUAGGUCUGUGAUAUCUGAUGUUGGUCAGUCUAUGCAAGAAGAAACAGAUGAAAGAAAGAAAGCACUGGCCGAUAGUGAAAAAGCACCGGAGGAGCUUAGAGCGCUAUACGAAACUCAGGCUGUCAGGGAGCGCUGGUACAGAAUCCAACUUCAAGAAAUUCAGCAAGAAUUGAUCAAGGUGUUGGGGUCAGAAUAAGGAAGCAGAAUGACGGAGUUUGGAGUAAAGAUAACAAGAGCAGGAAACCAAGAAUUUUGGAAUUAUAGAGAGAAUAAGACAGCCACAAUGAAAGUAGUAAUUAGUCAUCUAACUAAAAAAUGAUGAGUAAGCUUAUAAAAUUUUCUUCCUGUCGACUCUUUUGAAUAGUUAGUUACUGGAUUUGCCUAUGAUGCCUAGUAUCUGAGGCUUUUAGCUCUAUAUAAAGCCAUUUUCUUGGUAAAUGAUUUGUAUUGUUAAAUGCUGUUUCCUUCCACAACUGCUUGGUGGUGGGGAUUUACUUAAAUUGUGUCAGUACUUCAGUUUGUUGGAGAUGUCUCGACAUCCUUUUGGCUUGUAAAAACCUACCGUCCGAAUGUUAUAGACUCUUAGCAUUGCAUGUUAGUUUGUGGACGAAGUAUUAUGUCUGUAAAUAUAGUUAGACUGAUCGAUCAGCUGGCUUCUUUUUCUGAUGGAUGCUGAAUGCUUGUUAUUAUGAAUGAUUUCAACUUCUUUA